AUGGAAAUAUCUCAGCUGGCAGGGUUGUUCAGACAGAAGUACGCCGAACAGCAGCGCAGAACGAUCCGCGAGCUGCUCAGAGAGCGCAGGCCGAGCACCCGGCCGUUCGGCCAGCAGCUCGCCGUGAUCAGCCGUCUGAUGGACAAGUACGCCGACGAAGAGGCACAGUCCGCCGCGCUCGACGUGGUGCUGCGGUCGGGCGUGUACGAGCGGCUCGAGAACCACGCCGCCGCGCCAGACUACACGGACCGGCUGCCGCUCCAGCCGGUCGGGCCGUACAAAAAAGAGCAUUUCGACGGCCGCGCAGACAUAGUCGAGCAGUACCGGUGCCUCGAGUGCUCCCAGACAGUCGAGUUCCCCCGGUACAACAACCCCAAAACGCUGCUCUCGUUCCGCAAAGGACGCUGCGGAGAGUGGAACAACUGCUUUAUUCUGCUCCUGUGCGCGCUCGGAUUCAAGGUGCGGUACAUCUGGAACGCCGAGGACCACGUGUGGUGCGAAUACUACUCACAACACCUCAAACGGUGGGUCCAUCUCGACAGCUGCGAAAACCAGUUCGACAACCCGACGCUCUACUGCGACGGCUGGGGCAAGAAGAUGUCGUACGUGUUUGCCGUCAGCGCCGCGUACAUUGCCGACGUGUCGCCGAAAUACAUCAAAAAGGGCCAGCUGCCCAGAAACAGGCUCGGCGAGCACGAGCUCGCAGACACGCUAGCAUACAUCAAUCUGUGCAAAUGGAUCGGCAUGGACGACGACGACCUGCUCGCGACGCUGGCAGACUUUCUCGGCGACUACAAGAGCAGGCGUCGAAGCCCGCUUCCAGCGCCCACUGGGCCCCUCGUGCCGCGCCAGAGCGGUGCUCCCGAAUGGACUCGAUCGCGCGGCGAGGACGGAUCACGUAAGCGGGAUUAG